UUUCAGCGAUGUGAAUAAAUUAAUUUCAAAUAUGAAAAAAAUAUUCACGAAGGCUCCAGCACGCAAGCACAAAUUUCAAGCGAUGUUCCCUGGAACCGCAAUUCCGCCACAGCCGAUCGUAACGAGAUGGGGCACGUGGAUUGAAGCAGCAGUGUACUUUGCCGAUCAUUUUGAGAAAAUCAAAACCUUCUUAAAUGAUCUUGAUUCAGAAGAUGCAAAAUCUAUCAAAAAAGCCAAGUUAGUAAUUCGCGUGUCAACGUUGAAGAAAGACCUGGCUUUUAUAAAAGCGAAUUUCGAAUGUCUUGUUACUGGUGUGACGAAACUACAAGGAAAAGGAAUGCCACUUGCAACUUCACUCGAAAUUGUUGAAUCAAUUCGCACUAGCCUUCAGUCAAUGCGUGGUAGGACUGAAUUUUUGAACAAGUUUGAUAGAGUUAUCGCACGCAACAACGGAUUUCUACAAAUGAAAGAAAUCUCUACAAUUUUGAGCAAGGGAAAAUCAACACGUCAAGAUAACUUCAUUGAUAUGCUGUCACCGGAAGAGCUUAGUUGUUUUUUGUAUGCACCAAUUACCUCAUGUGAUGUAGAGAGAACAUUUUCAAAGUACAAACAAGUUCUGGGAGAUCAACGUCGUUCGUUUUCAUUCGAAAAUUUAAAAAUGCAUGUCGUUAUUUAUUGCAAUAGCUUUGAUUAGUCUUUGGCUAACGUACUUUCUUUAAAAAACGCCUAAAAGUUGCUAUU